UCAGUGUAAAACGAACCACUUUUACGAAAUCAACUCUCGCGCGAUAUUAGAUUUAUUAUAAUUAAACAAUUGUUUUAAAGAAAAUAAGAAAUAAAUUAAUUAUUAAAGAGAAUUUGUUAAAAAAAAUAAUUGUUGAAAUAUAAAAAAAUAAAAGAAAAUAUUGAAGGAAAUUAAACAAAAGUGCAAGAAGCUUUUAAUUGUUAAGGUUAAUAAACAAAAUUGUGACAAAGUGUAAAUAAGGCUUUGGUAAACAAGUGUUAAGGCUUAAUUUAAAUUUUUAAAAAUUCAUAAAAAAAUCAAAAGAAAUCUUAGUUAUAAUAACAAAGGAUAAUAAAGCAUACUCUUUGUUGUUAUAUGUGUUUGUUUAACAGUGUUUAAGUAAAUCUCAAAUUUGUUUGUGUUCAAGUACAGGUGUAUGUAUGUUUAUAGUCAAAAAUUUUCUUUGAUGAUAAAAUAACAAUGAUUGCCGCUAGUAGCAGUUUAUAAUUUGUAAAACUACGAUAAUUUUGUUUAGAUGGCAGCAACAAAUAUUUAAGCAAAAUUUUAAGUAUGCCGUACAAAUUUGUAUUUGUAAAAAAAUUGUUCGCGUUUUAGUGAAAAAUCCUUCAAAGCAUAAAAUAUUUUAACGAAUAUUAUAAUAACUUAAAUAAGCAACAAUCAAGAAAUUAUAAUAAAUCUAAUUAAAAUAAAUUUAAAUACAACAAAUUAAAUUAUAAGAAGAUUAAAAAACAACAAGUGAUUAAAACCAAAACCUAAAACCAAAAAAAUAAAAUAAAUAAUAAUAAAAAGAAGAAAAAUUUAAGUAAAACUUACUAAAUGCAUGAAAACGAAAAACGAAUGACUAGAAAUUAUAAAGAGAACAAAAAUAUUAGACGAAAUCAAAUUCACUCCUCCUCAUACCGCCAUCAAAAAACAGCCGAAAACUACCGCACACAAACACAUACAGAACUACUUCACACACAUAAGUACAUACAAACAAGCUAGAUAAAUAAACAAAAAGAAAUAUCGAAAUCAAAUCCACAUUGUUUCUCAAAUGCCCGAUACCACCAGUAUUGGUCGACACAACAAACUACAAAUCAAACAAUUGUGCAAAUCAAUGAAAAAUUGUCGAAAACACAAAAGGCUAAAGUCAAUAAAACGCGUUAGCUUUAAUUGUGAACGAUUAGCGACGAUAACGACAAGCAACAACAACAAUUAACAGGAUUAAAAGAAAAUCGAAAGAUUAACUUAAAAAUAUAACGAAUUUUUGAUACAACUAAAACUUUAAAAAAGAUCCCGAAAUUUAUCCAAAUUGGAUAAAACGUCAUGCAGCAGGCGGAACAGCAACAAAAUGGUAUGAUAAGUGACGGAGCCGGUGGCCCAGCUAGUUCCCAGGCAGUGGGAGCGGGCUCGGGCAAAAGAACACAAAUUAGUGGUGGUCGAUUUGAUUUCGAAGAUGGCGGCACAUAUUGUGGCGGUUGGGAUGAGGGUAAAGCACAUGGUCAUGGUGUGUGUACCGGACCGAAACAUCAGGGAGCUUAUGCUGGUGCCUGGAAUUAUGGCUUUGAGGUGUCGGGAGCGUAUAUAUGGCCAAGCGGUUCCCACUACGAGGGUCAGUGGCAAAAUGGUCGACGCCAUGGCCUAGGUAUAGAGCAAAUUGGCCGACAGGUGUAUCGUGGAGAAUGGUCGAAAGAUGGACACAAAGGACGUUAUGGUGUACGAGAGAGUACUGUAUCAACGGCACGCUACGAAGGCACCUGGAAUUUGGGUUAUCAAGAUGGUUACGGUUGUGAAACAUAUGCUGAUGGAGGUAAAUACCAGGGCCAGUGGCAAGAGGGCAAACGUCAUGGUUAUGGUAUACGCACUUCGGCGCCAUUUGGCUUGGCCUCUCAUCAUAAACGUAAAGAUGUACACGCCUCAUUAUCAUCACUGCGUAGCAAUGAAAAUGCUGCAAAUGCGGCAAAAAAUGCCAGUCGAACCGAAGAGGUAAGAGGUGGAUUUGUGCUGACCGCCCGGUCGGAUAAGUUACCGGUCAGACGCAACAGUCUGUCGGAAAAAACGAAAAAGGGAUUCUUAUCGGGUUUAAAAAUGAGAAAACAGCGCAGCACCGGAGAUCUGGAGAAGAGAGGAACUUUAGCCUCGGGCAGUAUACGUUCUACAAUGUCUACGGCCUCUUGGCUUAGUACAGGUUCCGAGCUAUCCAAUUUAACCGCAAAAUCUAUGCAUACAGAGUCUAAUGCCAGCUUUACCAUGGAAGAUGAACAAUUAGAUCCCAGUGUGGUGGAAACCUAUAUGGGUGAAUGGAAGAAAGAUAAACGUUGUGGCUUUGGUGUGGCCGAGCGUAGUGAUGGCCUUAAAUACGAAGGCGAAUGGUAUAACAAUAAGAAGCACGGCUAUGGUGUGACCACUUUCAAAGAUGGUUCCUUUGAGGAGGGCAAAUAUAAGAACAACAUUUUAAUUACCAGUCAAAAGAAAAAGCAUUUGUUUAUUGCCCGUUCACGCAAGUUCCGAGAACGUAUCUCGGCUUCGGUGACUUCGGCUCAGCGUGCUCUUAAAAUGGCCAUGCAACGUUCAGAUAUUGCCAUAUCGCGUACCGGGACUGCCAAUACCAAGGCCCAAAGUGCUGAUAUUGCUGCCGAUCAGGCACGCAUCGACUGCGAGUUGGCUGUGCAAAUGGCCCGUGAGUUUGCCCCUGAUUUUAAGCCUUCUGUGCUAGAACGCUUUGAAAAAUUAAGGUUCCGCGAACGACACAAAGGACCAGCGGCUCAAUUCAGCAGCAGUAAUGCGGCUGCUGAAUCGUAUGCUAGCACAGCGGUUGCCCAAAGGCCUACGGGUUUCCAAAAGAACCGUGAUGGCUCUCAGCCUCAACGGGAAUCGGAGUUUCCCGUACCCAGUUCGAUGUAUUCCCAACAAUUGCCAGUUUCUCCACAAACCGAUUUGUCAUCCCUGGUUAAUCAACCACAAAUGAGUGCCAUAAAUACCAUCAAUCAGAUGUACCAUCAACAACAGCAGCAGCAACAACAACAGCAAAAUAAUCCACAAAUGAAUCCCGCAUAUCAGUACCAGCCACAGCAACCGCCAGGGUCAAACUAUGCUCACAGUAAUCUAAGUGCUAGUGGCAGUCCGCAAGUUUCGCAAUUGCAAAAGGAUAAUAACAUGUUUAAAAACGCGGAAGCCGCCCACACGGCCAACAAUAUGCCGCAACAACAGCAGCAGCAAAUCAACUUGCAGCAACAACAGCAGCAGCAACAGCAAAUGCAACAACUGCAGCAACAGCAACAACUACAGCAGCAGCAACAAUUGCAACAGCAACAACAACAGCAAGCAUAUCAGCAACAACUGAUGCAGCAAAGACAGCAACAACAAUUGUUGCAACAACGACAACAACAGCAAUUACAGCAGCAGCAACAACAAAAACAGCUGCAACAGCAACAGCUUCUGCAGCAACAGCAACAUCAGCCAUCAAAUUUAGACUCUCCCAUGUAUGGCAGUAAUCAAGUUCGUCGACCCUCUCAAAUCCAAUACCAACAGCAGCAACAACAGCUGCUGCAACAAGCUGAACAAAUGGAUAGCAUGAUGAAUCGUUCCAAUAAACCACCCAUGAUGGGUCAAGUAGGCCAACAAUCCUCCAUCGAUCAUUUCGAUCACUAUAAACGACCACCCAGUAGGGAUACAUCCAUUGAUCGCUACACCAGAGCAGCCAGUCGUCUGAGUGGUGGCUACGGCUCACGUCAAACUUCAGUCGAUCGUGGAGCUAGCAGUGCCGGCACAGCGCAGGCCAAUGAUAGCGGCCUACCCGAACAGAGGCCUCGAGCUGGCUCAGUAUUUAGAGGAUCGACACCAGCCCCAUCGGCUGGUAAUACGCCCACAACCGGCAAUGGUUCAGUUCCUACGGGAUCGGGUCGUAUGUCGCGUGCGGCUACUCCCAGCUUAAGCACAAAUUCUCCUUCGGGCACCACAACAACAGACGCCAUGUUUUCGAAACCCAAUCAACCCUUUGAAGAUAUACUCCUGCGUCAGCGUACUCUGGGUCAGGAUAUUGUACCCUCACCCUUGCAGCCAAAACGCACAGAAAGUCUGUAUAUGCCUGUUAAGCCAGCGUCACCAAUGGCUGCUGCCGGCGGUGGUGGAGGCAAUAAAAAAUUAAAGAGCGUUCCUAUAAAUGUUACGCUACAGCGUAAGAAAUCUUUGCCCGAUUUCCAAGAACUGCCACGUGCCACAGAGGCUAUGAGCCGCGAGGAGGUAUCCGCUUUGGGCUCAGCUAGACGUGAAGCGGUACGACGACAAAUUGAAAUGAAUGAAAAGCUCAAAGCGAAUCCAUUAUUAUAUCUCGUCAGUCCACAAGUUAAAGAUUGGUUCUCACGACAACAGUUGGUGCUCUUGGUGCUUUUUGCAAACAUUAUAUUGGCCAUAUUAUUUUUCAAAAUGCUGACAUAGCGUAAAUUUUUUCACCCACUACAACUGCAACAAAAUCAGCAACAACAACUACUACUACAUGAGACAGACGCA